AGCGGUUGCAAAAAAGAAAAGCAAAACAAAAAAAAACAUCGCCAUAAAUCUUAACAUUGUAACUGAAAGAGAGUGAAAGAGAGAACUGCUACUUAUACUUAGUUAUUUUAGUGGUUGUUGUUAAACAAGACCACUUUUUGUUACUUGUUUGUUUGUGUUUUUUUUUUGUUGUUGUAUUAAUUGAACUAACUAGUCGCAAGUAUGAACACUUUGGCAUUGCUUGCAUUUGUUUUGUGGGCACUUUUUCUGCGAUUUAUACCGCAGAUUUUGACAUUUUUACGUUUGCAACGUUUCGCCAAGACCUUGCCGGGACCAAGUGUGAGUGAACUGAUAGCCAAUGUGAAGAAAGGAGAGAUAUUGAACUGGCUGAAGGAGUUGCGGUCCAGACAUGGUUCGACAUUUCGCAUAUGGUUUGGCAAGGAUUUAAUGGUAAUGUUCACCGAUCCGGAGGAUAUUAAACAGCUGUUGGGCAACAAUUCAUUGGUGUAUAAGUCAAGGAACUAUGAACUGCUCGAGGCAUGGCUGGGCAAGGGACUUUUAACCAAUGGCGGUGAAUCGUGGCAUCGCCGUCGCAAAUUAUUGACGCCAGCCUUUCAUUUUCGCAUACUUAGUGAGUUUAAGGAGCCCAUGGAACAGAAUUGUCGCAUCCUGGUCAGUCGUUUGAAGGAACGUGCCAAUGGUGAGGUAUUUGAUAUAUAUCCAUAUAUAACACUAUUUGCCCUCGAUGCGAUUUGUGAGACGGCCAUGGGUAUUAAGAAGCAUGCACAGAUGCAAAGUGAUUCGGAAUAUGUGAAAGCUGUGCAGACUAUCUGUCGAGUUUUGCACAAACAGAGCUUCUCAUUUUGGCAACGUUUGAAUGUAUUCUUUAAAUACACUCAAAUGGGUCGUGAUCGUGAUAAUGCAUUAAAAAUUUUGCACGAUGAGACAAAUCGUGUGAUACGGCAACGUCGCCAGCAACUCCAGAAAGAGCAGCAAGAGUCCCGGCCCGAGGCCGAACAAGACGAUAUUGGAGUUAAACGUCGCUUGGCCUUUCUCGAUAUGCUUCUGCUCGCCCAAAUGGAGGGCGGUACAGAGGAGCUAAGUGAUCGCGAUAUACGUGAAGAAGUCGACACUUUUAUGUUUGAGGGCCAUGAUACUACCAGUUCGGCCAUAGCUUUUGCUCUCAGCCUGCUUUCAAAGCAUCCGGAAGUACAACAACGUGUCUACGAGGAGGCUGUGGAACUGGAGGGCAGAGAAAAGGAUUCCAUGCCCUAUCUAGAGGCAGUGAUCAAGGAGACACUGCGCCUAUAUCCCUCGGUGCCGUUCUUUUCGCGCAAAGUUAAUGAGGAUCUGAAUGUGGGCAAACUUCUAGUACCCAAAGGAGCAUCCAUUAGUUGCCUUAUCUAUAUGCUGCAUCGUGAUCCCAAUAGUUUUCCUGAACCCGAACGCUUUGACCCCGAUCGUUUCUAUUUGAAUGAAACGAAAAUGCAUCCAUUUGCCUUUGCUGCUUUCAGUGCGGGACCCAGAAAUUGUAUAGGCCAAAAAUUUGCUAUGCUGGAGCUUAAAUUGUCGCUCUCUAUGCUAUUGCGUCACUAUCAAUUAAUGCCAGCUGACAAUCAUCAGCCGAAUCCCCUGGCCGAACUUGUAAUGAAGAGCGGCAAUGGUAUUCAAUUACGUAUGAAACCACGCCUACCACUCUCAUAAAACGCCCCUCUUUAUCAAUUCUCAUAGCAUAUUGUUUAUCAUUAGUAGUUGUAAUCUUAGCACUAUUUAGGUUUAAUGCUUCACCGAUUAACAAAAUAAACAACGGAUCAUAUCAAUGUUAUUGUA